AUGAAGAUCAAGUGCACUUAUGAGGAUUGCUUCAGGCACUUCUCCUCGAGAGAGGCUAUGAUAGCACAUAAGACAAAAGAUCCGAACCACAGCUACUGCGCCCUUUGCGAUGUUGACUGCGGCGAUGACAUGCUUCUCUUCAUUCAUCAACUUGGAACUUCUGCCCACAUCUGCUGCCCUGUCUGCGCCCAAGAGUUCAAAAGCGCUGGAGGGAGAGAUCGACACGUCGAACAAAACCACCGGACCGCCCAAAACAUCGACUGCGCCGGUUGCCAUGCCAAGUUCGCUUCAGCAUCUGCAUUGAUGUACCACAUCGAGAAUGAUCAAUGCUCGGUCAUCAAACUGGAGGACUUUCAGAUGCAACGUGCAGAAAAGCAGAUCCACAAGGAAGCCUGCGUGGCCAAUGGAGAAAUCUUCAGUACUGGCUCCUCUAUGCAGUCCAUCCAGCGGGCUCCUACGAUCUCGAGCAUCAACAACGGUACGAAUCAAGUCGGCGGUAGGCCUGUUCGCAACUCUAGCAGAUCUCUGAGCAAUGCUUUGGGAGGCCCCAUCUCGCCCGCUUCGCAUGAGCAGUUUCCUCCACUCUCCAGAGCUACAAUCAUUCCUGGCCAGAAUCAGCAGCAAGUUGCACCCGACAGAUCUGUCCUCGGCGCGCAAUCCAAAGACGCAGCAUCCAAUCUGAUCAACUUCGAUAAUGUCGAAAAGAGCAUGGCUGGUCUACAAGUCGGCCCAAGUGCGUGGGAUUCGCAGGGACAGGGCGGAGAAUCACAAGGCGGCGAAGGCUAUGUCAGUGGUUGGCUCGCUUCGGUGAACACCUCCACUAGACCUCCACCAGACAACAACAGCGAGGUUGCUUCGAUGUAUGACAAGAAGGUUGCUGCGUCGGCUGUCUCUGAAAACAUUCCCCCAAGCGUUCAAGGCCCAGACCGCAAUCCAUUUUCUGUCCUUAACCGCAUCAUUCAAAUGCCAGCACACUCUAUCAUUUCCAGCAACGCUCCACUUGACAUCGAACGCUUCUGGGAUGCAACCCUGCAGCAGUAUACCUGUCCAGGGGAGAGAUGCCGUCGGCACUUUGCCAACACCGACCACUUUCGGAAGCACUUGCUCACCUCGGCUCAUGUUGGUGGUCAAGUCGUCUGUCCUUCCUGCUUGAAGCGCUUCGCAACCACAUUUGCCUGGGUGGCCCACUGCGAGUCUCCCAGUAAGCGAUGCGACAUCCGCAACAGCGCCAAUCUCAAUCAUGUGAUUCGUGAGAUCACGGGCGGUGUCUUGGCGACGGAUGGCCAUUUGAACGAUGGUACGGUGCAAUAUGUUGCGCCGAAGAUUGAGGAGUGGUAG